GAUUUUUACUAUAUCAGAAAUAAAAUAAAGUUUUGGGCCUGAGAGUAUCUUAGUAUAUAAUCACAAGCGCGUUCUCGUCUUCUCCGUCACACAUUGAUUUUGUUUUCGCUGCUUAUCUUAACGUCUAAUCAUCAUGGGUUUGAAGGGGGAGUUCGAGGAGCACGCUGAGAAAGUCAAGACGCUCACCACGAAACCAUCUGACGAAGACUUGCUCAUCCUCUACGGUCUCUUCAAGCAAGCCACCGUCGGGCCAGUGACCACCAGCCGUCCUGGGAUGUUCAGCAUGAAGGAAAGAGCCAAGUGGGAUGCUUGGAAGGCCGUUGAAGCGAAAUCGACGGAUGAGGCCAUGAGUGACUACAUCACUAAGGUGAAGCAGCUCAUGGAAGCAGCAGAGGCUUCAACUUGAUGAAUUUAUAUAUGAUUCACCAAAUGCUCCACAUCUAAACUUCAAAUAACUUAGCAUAAGACUUUGUUCUUGUUGCUUCUUGUGUUUCCAUCCUUAUGAAUCUAUCAUUUACUUUGUCACCUCUGUCUUGAUUUUAAAAAAUCGAUCCUAUGGUUUCGGGUCUUCCUCUUAA